AUGCAAAAAGAAGUGAACGAGAAGACAGUGGUUUUCGAAAUAGCACUGCCUGAUGAUGAAGGCUGCCAUGAAUGUUCCUAUCUGGAGCUUUUACAGCAACACCUGGAAUCAGCUAACAAUGAAAAACAUAAGGAUGAUCCUUUUGCAUCCGAAAAUGCCACCGAAGAAAAGAAACUUUCAGAACUAGCUAAAGCACUGGAAAGGAAAUAUGGAACUAUGGUAACUUUGAAAAAUAGUGGGAAGCAGAAACGAGUUCGUAUAGAUGAUUUCUUAGACCCAGGAGAUGGAUACGAUACACAAGAUUCGUUCAUUGACGACUCAGAAGCCAUUGAUGUUUUUGUUGCUCCAAAUAUCUCAACUAAGUUUGGUGGAUAUUUUGUACAUCAAGGGACUGUUGAAGGGCUUGAAGAUACGAAUGUGAAAAUCGAAGCACCUUGGAACGCAAGGAUAUUGGCAAACAAUAGUUCAUCACAUAAUGCUAUAAGGAAAAAGAAUAAAUCCAAAGAACUUUUGGACAAAGCUGUCAAACGCUUGUCAACACCUAGUGCUUUCAAACCAAAGCUGUUCUCAGAGUCUCGAAAUCAGAUGCGUCAUCUUGACUCUGUAUUUGAUGAAGUUUUGUCCUCACCAAAUACACCAAAGGAGAAUAAUGCCAAAGAUGUAAACUGUCAGAAUUCAAGUGAAAAGUGUGAUGAUGCCCCUCAAUCCGUUCCUGUAAAUUUGACUUCUGACGAUGAAAAACUCAAACCUCUCCCAAAGAAUUUACCAGCCGAGAUAGUGGCAUGUCUAAACAACCUUACAGAGCUGAAUAAAUGUGGAGCUCAACAACGUCGUACUAUGGGGAAACCUUUUGAUAUGGAGUUGUUAAAGUUGGAUACAAAAUUAAAAGAAUUAAUGGUGAAUCAGUCUGUCAGAUCAGAUGUCUUCAAGUACUUGGAAAGUCAUUUACAAUUGAAGCACAAAGCUGUAAUGCGUAGACUCAAAAAGUUAAGAGAAGAUAAACAAGAAGAAAGAAUGAAUCCAUUGUUAGACUCCCUUGGAGAAGCUAUUUCAUCGUCUAUGCCUCCAAUUAUUGAAAGUUAUACAAGAGAUAAAGAGGUUCACUUAGAACGUGUUAAAGCUUGGCAAACAGAAAAUUUACAGAAUAAUGGUACAGAAUUCUCUGACAGUCAAGGUGUUGCCAAUGGUUCAGGCGAUGGUAAUUCAUCCAAACGAAUACCAAAACCAGGACCUCCAAAGAAAAUAUAUCGUUGGAACUCAGAGUGCAGGCAGUUAUUUGAGCAAAUUAUUCUUUGUCGACUUGAAAGUUACAAACUGUUAAAUAUUAAAGGUUCCGCUGAAGACUAUCUUCGACGCCUGUUUCCAACUUUAAUACAAUUAUGGCCUGAUGGUUGGAUUACAAAUGCAGCUUUAUGGCGGUCUGCUCUACCCAUCUUCCAGAAGUUUUGCAAUGAUCAUGGUUUAUGCAAUAACACUCCAACCUCCCAGUCGACUACAAAAUCCUCAAACAACAACAGCAACAACACUAAUAGUAAUAAUUUGAUAAACUCAAAUAACGGAAAAAAUUCUAAUCCAGUGUCUUCUGCAAACGCUUCGUAUACCUCUGAUUCUUCUCUGCUAUCACAAAAUUCUCCUGUUGUCAUUAUACCAAACAUUUCAAAUGCUUCAACACCGGUUACCGCCUCUAAAACCACUCCUAAGAUAACUGCUACUUCUCUUGUCACCAACAACAGUCCUCGUGCAAAUUUGCCAGCUGCUGCCACCUGUAGUCCAAAAUUGAAUUCAAUUCCUGUCACAAAAUACUGUCAGUCAUCUCCUGUAUUACAGUCAACUGCACAAACAGUAAAUCGACCAAACUUCCGGAUUACACCAUCUUCAGUGGCACAGAAUUCAACUAACUCAAAACCAACCACCACUAGCUGCAGUGCUAAAGCUCCACUCACUCUGUGUGUAGAUACUGGAUCCUCUCGUCUGUCCUAUGUACUUCAAUCGAAUGUCGGAUCUGUAUCACCGAAUUCACUUGUUGUCCCAGUAGCCUCUUCUGUAUCACAGGCAUCACAAUUCAAUCGAACGCCUAUCCUACAGAAUGAAGCUAUCAUUGGUAGUCGAGUUUCUAAUCCAACAGUACCUCUGCGUCUUGUCUCGUCGACUUCUACAAAUCCUUCCACAACUACUGUUUUAGUAUCAAAGACAGCAUUACAGCUGAAUUCUGAACUAGUCGGCGGCGGCGGCGGCAGCAGUGGCGGUGGCAGUAAGCCUGCUAUGAUCAAUCCAGUGGCUGUUAAAAGGCAAUCCUACCCUCAAAGUUAUCCUCCUCAACAAAUUGCAAAUACCCAUGUGAAAAUCAACGACUUGCCUAAAUCAACCAUACCAAUGAAUGAAGCUAUUCCAAAAUCAAGUGGAUCACAUUCAUCGCCCAAUUUCAUAUAUGAUGCAAGCAAACUCAAUCAACCGAUUGCUGCUCAUCAUCACCAUCAUCAUUCUGCAGCUGCUCUUUUAUCUAAUCAACAAAUCGAUCAAUUACAAAGUAGGGCAUUGCAAAGUACUUCUACUGCUACUACUACUACUGGUCGGAUUGGAUUGAAUAUAAAUCCAGCGUUGAGUGCAGCUGCAGCUUGCCUACUGUUUCCUCCACAACCUCCUCCAGCUCAUCAAUCGAAAUGUUCUAGCCUACCGCCACAAAAAGAACGUGUUGAUGGAAGAAAUACUGGCAGUAUACCUGCUGCACAUUCUAAUAACAAUUUCUAA